AUGAGGAAGAGAAGGUUUGCGCAGGUCUCCACGAGCGACGAGGAAGAGGAGGGGCCGAGGUCGGGAGGGCACAAGGACAAGGGGAGCCCGAAGAAGCCGCGGGGGAGGGGGCCAGAGGACGUGGAGAGCAGGCGAGGGAGAAGAAGGAAGACGGAGGAAGAGGAGGGGCGCGAGGCGGGAGAUGGGGGCGUCCUGGAGGACGCCAAGCCGGUGGGGGACGUGGUCAAGGUCUCUGGCAAGGGGAGGAAGAGGAAAAGGCACUAUGCCGCGUUCGAGUACGAUGGGCUCCAGUUCGAACUGGUAAGAUCCUGGUCCUGUUCUUCCUUGGCCUAUGGCCCUAGUACCUCUUGAUUUAGUUCAAACGUGUACGAAUCUGUGAAGGUAGGAUUACGAAAUAUUUCAAAUGUUUUCGCUCAGCUCCGUCAUUCUCUUUGGGCAGGAGGAUCCGGUGAUGUUGUCUCCUGAGGCGAAAAAUCAAAAGCCCUAUGUCGCCAUUAUUAAGGUACCUAAUAUUCCUGUGCUAGCGUUUCCUAUUGAAAUGUAAAGGAAUGUAUAUAUUUCGUAAUGUUUCCAGGUGGAAUUACCUGACAUCAAAAAAAUUAUGUAGUGCUUCUUUAUUUCAAUUGAUAUUAGUCAAUGCAGUUUGGUUUUGGGUUCCCUUCGACAAUUCCACGGAAACAGGACUUAACUUUACUAGGCAGAAGUUUCUUUGACAAAAAUGGAUUCCGUUCGAAAAAAAAAUUAGCAGGGAAAACAUCUACGACUAGCUUUGCAACCCUGCAGCUUAUGUUUCUCAUUGUCAUCUCUGCUUUAUCCCGUUCAUCUUAUUUCAAUAGAUCUCGUUGUGGUAUCUCCACCAUGAGACUGAAAAGAUGUUGGAUUUGGAUACCGCAACAAAUGAUUUCAAGCAAGGCGAAGGUCUGAAAUCCCAAGUGAGAUCUCGGAGUUAAAGAGGAUGUUUUAAGGUUCUUUUGGCCCAUCGUUAAUUUUCACCUGCAAGUUAUGAAGAUUCUCAUCAUAUCUUGCCCUCUUUAUCCUUUUUUUCAUCUACUUUCUGUACAAGGACAACAACAUAAUUCCAAUAUACGUGGUGCUGUCACAAGAUGUAGUUUUAACUUUGUCACCGUCCUUUGUAAGUAGUUGUCCCAUUCGUCUUGGUUUUCAUUUGCAUUGGGGGAAUUUCCUUUAAUGAUCAGCUAUCCCGAAUAAAUACAUGUAUAUGGAGUCUCCCCCAACUGCCUGUCAACCUGCAUAUGCAAGGAAUAUUUUUUCUACUGAUAUAUAUUUCUUGAAAUUUCAAAGACAGUAAUUUUCUAUUUGUUUUUUUUUUGGACUCGUGGAAUAUGGCUUUCUUCCCACAGGACAUAACACAGGAUACAAAGGGAAGUAUGAUGGUUCUUGGUCAGUGGUUUUACCGGCCUGAAGAAGCAGAAAAAAAGGGAGGCGGAACUUGGCAGACACGUGAUACCAGGGAGCUUUUCUACAGCUUUCAUCUUGACGAGGUUCCCGCUGAAUCCGUCAUGCAUCGGUGUGUUGUUCAUUUUGUACCUCUAAACAAGCAGUUGCCUGUUCGUUCCCAGCACCCUGGUUUUAUUGUGCAAAAGGUUUAUGACACUGUUGAGAGAAAGCUUUGGAAACUGACCGACAAAGAUUAUGAAGAUGGUAAGCAAGAAGAGAUCAAUGUGCUUGUUGAAAAAACAAAAAAACGUUUGGGAGAACUUCCAGACAUUGAAGUUGAGGAUACCUCUGGUGAACAAGAUGAUUCAACAAAGAGUAAGCGACAUCUCCGGAAGAAAAGCAUGGUCCCUCUUGAUGUUUCUAGAGAUGAUAAUGCAACCUCAAGAUCUGACCUAGCAUCUAAGGCUGAAACACCAGGAAGCUGUACAAGUGAGGCUUCUGAAUUUUAUUCAGUUUUGACAAAUUUCAAAGCACUGACAGGAGAUACAUAUCGUGACAAGUGGCUGGAGAAAAUUCUUCAAGGAAUUCAGCUUGUUUGUAAUUCAAAGGAAAAUGAUUCCAUGCUGAACAGAGAAAGGGGCAGUGAUGCCGCAACUAAUACAACCAAUGAUGGGGAAAUAGCUAAUGGUUCUCAAGAAGAGAAUUCAAAUGUAAGAAUUUUACAUUUUAUGAAUUUCCGUCGUUAGAAAUACUUCAUCAAUGUUCAUAGUUUCUUAGACAGGUUAUUUUUCCAGGUUUUACUAACUAGGGACUAUUAUCCUCACGGGAAAGCUUAUUUUUAUUUUUUUACUGAAACUUGAUGAAAAAAAUGACCUAAUUUCACCUCAAAAGAUGCCGGCGGUACUUAUGCUUUAUUAUGCAUUCUUUGUCCGAAACUUUUCUGUACUUAUUGUUUUACCCUUAAUCUAACUGCUUCUCUAAGACAAUUGCUGAAUAACUACAUAGAUAUAGAGAGUAUAUUUACUUGAUUACGAUUAAAGAUUCAUAACAGAUACUACUACUCCUGUGUCAAUUAUUCUCUCUCAUUUCCUAUUUUGGGGAUAUUUUGAUUGUAGUUAGCUUAAGCUUUUCAUGGUCUUCUGGGUAUGAUAGUAUAUUUAUUUGAGAGUUCCUUGAAAUGUCGUUAAUGUUUCUAAGAUAUGAUUAUAAUCUGUCCCUCAGAGUUUCCCCUUUCCUGACAUACAUAAUGGCUUGCACCGUUCUUUUUAUCCUUUGAGGAUGUCCCAUGUAGGGGCAGUUUUUUCUAACACAUUCAUUGUUUAGCAUUUUAAAUUCUAAAUCUGAUAGAAGCAAAGAGCACACAAAGGAGAGAGAGGGAGAGAGAGACAAAGGACUCGACACUUAACCCUAAUCGAUAGAAACAGAGUCUCAAGGGACCUAGAUGGGCCGAUAGGGCCCAUACCCAUAUGAGCUGAUAUGGCCACGACUUGGAUGGGCCUACAAUAUUCAGCAAAAUCUUCUGUUUAAUAUGAUUUUUCUGAUCACUCUCCUUCUUGGUCUGAAUUUAAAUACCAGAGUCUCAAGGGACCUAGAUGGACCGAUAGGGCCAUACCCAUAUGGGUCGAUAUGGCUGCGACUUCGAUAGGCCUCAAAUAUUCAACAAAAUCUUCUGUUUGAUAUGAUUUUUCUGAUCAUGCUUCUCUUCGUCUGAAUUCGUGUCCUCUUUUAGAGUGGGGAAAGCCUCAUCUGGCCAGAUGUUGCUGUGUCAGCAAUAACCGUUCUUGAGAGGACUGUCCAUGAAGCUCUUGGCUCUGAUUUCCAGAAAUAUAAUCAAAAGAUGCGGCAAUUGGACUUCAAUCUCAAGGUUAGACUGCUAUGCUUAUCUUUUUUCCUAUGUGUUGAAGUUUUUUUCUAACUUAUAUGUAUAAAAGGUACCGGGUAGCACCAUUGUCCAUAGGUUUGCCAGGAAGCACCAGUAAAGAAAUAUUCCAAAUGCAUAUGACGUUGUUUUGAAUGCAGUGAACCAUGUAACCUUUCAAAUAUGUUUUGAAGCCUAUGAAUGCCAGAUUGCUUAGAUUUAUAGUGGUAUCUAAUAGAAUGGACACUGAUAUGGAAAGACUUCUGUGCCAUUAUCGUUAUCGUGAAUCAUUUUGGUGCAUCUUUGUGAACUUAAUAAAUUCUAAUGCCUGUGAUUUAAGUGACGAUCAUGCAAUAUAUCUUCAUAUAUUUAGAUGCGCUAUGUCAGUUAAACGGGCCUGAUGUUCAUUUAUUUUGGACGGUUCAUUGUAGCCUGUCGUGCACGAUCCCCUCCUGAGCUAUUCCCACCUUUGUUGUUUUUUUUGUAACAUUUCCCUCCUUACCCUUUUCUAGUGCUGCCAAACACCAUUAAAAUGCACUGUCACUGGAUAUACCAAUAUACCUUUGAAUCAUUUUGGUAACCAAUGGUACCCUCUUUUUUGUAGGAUAUAAAUGAACGGCAUUUAAAAUAAAGCGACUUAAUGAGAAGAAGAAAGGGGUGGCCCAAAGAUGCAAAGAUAAAUAUGAGUUAUAAUUAUGGGGAAAAAACAAUGAGACCCUCUUUUCUUGUCGGCUCUUUAUGUACUGAAGAGCCACGGAUAGGCUAGCUUUUGUUUCAAUUUAAUUAAUGCUCGACAUAAUUGCAAAGUGUAUGUUGAGAUAUUGAAGCAACAUCUGAUUGGCUUCUGUAUUCAUUUUGUUAUAUUUCCUUCUUUAUUGUGAAAACUAAUUUAUACGUGUUUAAAGAAAACUUCUUUUUUACCUCUCAGAAGUCACAGUAUUGAUACUAUUCGAUUUUUAAUGGUUUUUCUUUUGGACUGUUGGAUAUGACAGAACAAUGCAUUGUUGGCACGCCGGUUACUCAGGAAGGAGCUGGAGCCUUCUGUGGUUCUUAAUAUGACUCCAAAGGAACUGAAGGUAUAUCUUUUCAUUCUCACUCAUCCAUCCUUGAAGUGUUUUUCUUCGUAUUUCUUGGAAGACAUCUAAGAAAUAAAUUUCAUGUCAUGAAGUAAUGAUCCCCAAGUCAGUUGCACGGGUGGAGAUAAAUUCUGUUCCUUUCUCCAAAUUUCUUGUUACUUGUUAGGGAAAAAUAUGGAUUCCAAUGUUAAAUCUUGAACAUCUUAUUUUCUUAAUAUUGAGUUCCAAAUCGUCGGACAUCCAUCUUCUUGAGCAAGAUACGGAUCAACCAUACCAUUUAUGGGAUGAUAAUCAUUAUUGUGGUAACAUUUUAGCAUAGGCUGAUAUGAUUAUCCCUGCGAAUAUCUUUUGUGUAAAUUUACAAGUGGAAAUAUGCGAGGAAUCUUUGUUUUCUAUGAUUAAGCUAUGAUUAAGUUUACUUUCAGACCUUUUUGCAAAUAUUUAAUAAACGAAAUAAUGAAGCAGUCAACAUCUUAUGUAAUUUUACUCAUAGUUGCUAAUCUCAACUUUAGGAUGGAGAAAUAAAAACUCAUCCCUCUGGCUUGCCAAGGGGCUGCUUGUUUGUGGGUCCCGGGCAUUUUUUCCUGAAGAGGCUAGAAAAAUGUAGCACGGCGAAGUAAAUUAUUUAUUUGCUCUCGAAGUGAAAAGAAUUGGUCUAAAUAUAAUCCCCACUUUCUUGUUGCGGAUACCAACUAUAUAAACUGUGGAAAUCCAUUGGGGGAGAUCCACAGAGGCGGGGAACUGGGAUUGUGCAGAGACUCUUGCCUGCAUCAGGCUGAUUCUUUUUUUUUGUAAACUGUUUACUUUCUCCCAGGAACAUCAUUCUCAUCUGGAAUCUGUAGUCAAGAAUGGAAGAUGGUGUUCUUGAAUGCUAUGGCAUUGGUUUGAAGCGUUCUCUGGCCAGUUUUUUUUUUUUUUCUUUCUAAAAAGGCAAAUUUUCAAAGAGACAAUGUUAUCAAUAAAUAAUGCUUUUCUGCGGUUUCGUCUUGAAGUCAUCUCAUACUAUUCUCAUGGUUUUACCAGUUAUUAUUCGGUAAGAUUACAAUAACUAGUUUCCUGCUUGCUGAGUAUGUCUCUUCUUGAUUUCAGGACGGCUGGACGGCAGAUGAGAAGAAAACCCAGGAGCCUGAGCCGUCACACUACAUACAGGUUGUUAUUAUAAUCAUCAGAUUAGGUUUCUCUUUACUUAAUAAUCUGAUUUUGGGCUAUAUUAAGUCUUCUUUGCUCUUCAUCAUCGAUCCUCAUAUCUGUGGGUUCAUGACCUGAGAUAUGAAAGGUAUUGGGGAUAAUUUCAUGACCGACCCGUCAGUCUGCAUACAAGGCCAGUUCAGUAGGUGGAUCUAUCUUCCUCCGUUCAUGCUCAUUAAUCUUUGUUUUUUGCUACCCUCGCAGAUGACUGAUGCUGUUUGCUCAAGGUGCUCUGAAAAGAAAGUGGGUGUUGCUGAUAUUAUCCAUGCUGGUGGAUCUGGUAAUCGGUAUCAGGUGAGAAAAUAUUAUAUAUAAAAUUUAACCAUCAGUUUGAAAAAAACCCAGUCUACCUGAAUUUAUUUGCUCUAUUGGGCAAUCCGUCCAUCUGCCAUUCGCUGAUUCAUGUUCAGAUUUCAAGGUUUUCGAUCCCUGCUGGGUCAUCUUCUUCUCUGAUUCUUCCUCCAAUCCUCUGUGCUUGACGAUUCCAGCUGGAAUGCAUCGCCUGCGGGUACACCUGGUACGCCUCCGGGGACGCCAUCUCCUCGCUGACCAUCGACGCGCCGAGCGCCGGAGGGAACGUCGGCACGGCCCCGUGGGCCACCGCCAAGUUCGACGCCGUGGAGAAGAGGCUGCUGAGCCCCCGGGAGUCUGAGAAACCCGCCGCGGAUCUCCUUCGCAAGACCACCGCCCCCUACAUGCCCGUGCUGGAAACGCAGAGAUCUUUCAGCCGGCCGAAGCCCGAGGACCCCCCCGUUGUCUCCGCUCCAGUCGGCGAUUAG